AUGCUGUGGUUACUAGACAAUGAAGAUACGAAGGAUGUCCUUGUGAUAUAUGGACAAGAAGCAGAAGAGUGGGCACUGUAUUUAAAAUUUCUUUUUGGACACAUAGUGAGUGAAGGAGGAAUCUUACUCUACAAUCUAGAGACUUCAACUUUCAAGCACCAGGAGCUAUUCUGUUUACCCUCUUAUAAAUGUAAACUCCUGAUACUCUCGUGUGGACUUCUUAACUGCCUGAAUCAAGAGAGAUGUUAUUUUCUGGAACAAGUUCUAAAACCUCUAGAAAAUGUGGUAAUUCUGCUUUGUGGGGUGGAGAAUUCAAGGAUUCUUUAUGAGACACUGACCUUAGAUGGAGGCAGCAGAGAGAUUUCCACUGAUCAGAAACCUGAGGAAUAUAUCGCUGUUGUUACUGGAAUUAUUCAACCAGAUCACCAGACUAGCUCUGAUAUUAAUUUGUCAAAUGUCAGGGCAGCAUCAGAAACAACAGACUUCAGUUCUAAAAAUGAGGUACUUUCUAAAAGUUUGAAAACUAAGGAGCAGUCGAUAUUGGUGCUUCCAAGAAGAGUAUCAUGUGAGAACCCUGGUGAAAUAUUCAUUCUGUUGAAAGAUGAAAUAGAUGAUGAAACUCUAGAAAUUGAAUUCAUAUCAGAUAAUCGACGAAUUAGAACACAGACAGCCUCUUGGAAUAAGAAGGUCAAGUACGUAAAAGCCCUAGAUUUUCCUGCUGGCCCUGUAUAUGUAAAUGUCUACUGUGGGGGAGUCAUUAAGACCACAGCACACAUUGAGUACUACACUGCACUAGAGGAGAUUGAGCCCAUUUUAAAGAAGGUGGCUGACCCAAUAGCUUUCACUUGUCAGACAUUGAAGUUUUCUUCUGUAGAGAAGGUGGACAAUGUUCUGACUUUGUUGUUGAAAAGCAAAGUAUCUACUUAUGAAUUCAGCCCAUUCCAAAGUGGAGAAGAGCAACGCCAACAAGCUGAUAGCCAUUUGGAAGAAUUUCCUACUCUCCUUCACUGUGCAGCCAGAUUUGGAUUAAAGAACCUUGCAAUGUUUCUACUCAGUUGUCCUGAGGCCACAUGGGCUUGCAAAAUAACCAAUAAGUAUGGAGAUGAUCCAGAAAGUAUCGCAGAGAAGCAUGGACACAAGGAACUAAGAAAGUUAAUCAAAGAAUUGUCAAUUAAUGCAGCAAAUAAUUUCACCGGUUGCAGAGAGGAAGCAGAAGACAGUAACACUUAUGAGCUUAUGUUAGGCUUGGAAACUCAACCAGCCAUGAUAUUAAAAGCCAGGCAGAACCCGGGAGAUCAAUAUGGAAUUGGAUCGAGAUGCCAACACAAAACUGAAGUGGAUGAGGAAAAGAAAGAUGAUGUAAGAGACAGCAGAGAGGAGACAGAACAUGAAGAUCAAGAAGAGGAGGAAUCAUAUAGCUCUCACAACAGUCCUGACGAUUUGUAUGCCAACAUACAGGAUGAUCUCAAAGAGAACAGAAGAGAUUGCUUUCUCUGUAAGAGGCCACCCCCUCCUCCCCCUCGAAAUCUGCCUGGCAUCCUAAGACAGGACAAUCUGCACAAAUCACAAGAGAGGAAUUUUGUGAUGGACAGGAACAAAAGAGAACAUGAUGAUGGACUCAAAACAGUGUGCUACAGAGAAGACCAAGAUACAUGCGAGGAAGACAGCGAGGAGGAACACCCAUACACUGCUGUGAAACUGGAGGAAUCUGUGUAUGAUUUCAUAGUGGGUGAGGAGGAGGAGAAGAGGAAACAUUGCAGGUCCUUUAUCGCAAACAGGCCGCCAGCCCCUGCCCCUCGUCCCACGUGUUCACUGGUCAGAGAGGAGAACACGCCCUAUAUAGUCCAAGUGUUUCAGCAAAAGGCCACUCGAGUGACCAGUGACAAAAACAGGACGUAUUGCGACGCUAAGAAGCACGCACAUAGAGGCCACACUGACACAGCAACUUACGGCAUCGUGAAACACAACCUCCCUGCUGAACAGGAAGAACUCAUCCACUUGCAGGAACAGGUGAAAAAGGGGGCAAUUUCUGUGGAUGAAGCCCUGGACAGAUUUAAACGGUGGCAGAAGGAAAAAGAGAGACUACAGUCCACUCAACAAGAAAAAGUGCAUCACCCUAGAGAUACCACUAUUGGAAACAGAGAAGAAAAUUAAAAU